CUGCUGCUGGAAGAUGGCCACUGCAGCAAAGGACGUCCACCUGGGCUCAGGCCCCGAUGAGGACGACGAUGCUCUGUCGGGGAGCGAGUCCGACUCGGAUAGCAUCCUCUCUGAUGACUCGGUGCUUCCAGACUACACUCCAGAGGAAACAGACGGCCAAGCGGCAUCAACACUGUAUCGAGCAUGCGCCCGUAAUGAAUCCGUCUCUCUGCAGAGAGUUCUGGAGAGAGGGGUCACAAAAGAGGAGGUCACAGAGCUCGACAUGAAUGGCAUGAAUGGCUUGAUGGUGGCUUGCUGCAAAGGUUUCUUGGACAUUGUAUACGGGCUCCACACCUGUCCUUUUAUAGACAUAAACCACCAGGACAAUGAAGGCAACACUGCUCUGAUGAUUACAUCCCAAGCAGGUCAUGUCAACACAGUCAUGUAUCUCCUGAACUACUUUGCUGAUAUAGACACUGAAAUAAAGGACUGUCGCGGUUUCACAGCACUCAUCAAAGCUGCUAUGACCGGCGGCAAUGACGUCAUGGCUGCCCUUCUUAUGGCUGGGGCUCACAUACACACAGUGGACUCCACAAAAGGAAAAUGCGCUCGGUAGUGGGCACUGAAAACAGGUCACUAUGAGACCCUGUUCCGUCUCCGCCGCCUUCGUAUGCGGCCAAAAGCUGAGCAGUGCUGUGAAAGUUAUGUCCCUGAGUGGCCGGCGCUCCAGGACAGGGUAGCAAAGGCCACCGCUGAUAACAGUGCCAGAGAAAAAGUCACCCAGCGGAUCAAAAACACAUUCGGAUUCAGAUUCCCUCGUGACCCCCAGGACAACGGGGCUUUGGACCACAUGGUGCGCAUCACCACGAGUGUCCACAGUCCCCUGAUUUCAACAGAAUGCCGUCCACUCUGCCCUACAAGCCCUACUGAGGUCGGGAAGAGACGCAUGGCUGUGCCAGAGCUAAUGAAGAAACACCCAGCUAAGGACCUAGAACAGAACUCAGUGUGCCACAGCAACGGCUCAGUGUCACACAUCAUUCCCACAAUCCAGUCUGCGGAGUCUGUUCCUAUAACGUGCUGUGCCGAGAUGGAGCGGCGAGGCAGCAUGCUCUCAUUGGCUUCCACCAAAGUUACGACCACAUUCAUUUCCCGCACUAUGGCGAGAAGGAACAGCGUGUUCCCAUCAGCCUGCAUCCCCAAAAUCGAUGUCAGCAGGUCUUCAGACGCAACGCCAAAGAAAGAAAAGAAGAAGAAGACGAAGAAGGUCAAGGGCUUCUUAGAACUACCCAUCUGGAGGGACAAGGAGAUCAAGGAUGAGAAAAAGAAGGAGAAGAAGAAAGCUGAGGAAGAAAAUGCAGAGAAAGAGAAAAAGACAAAAAGAAGUGUCACGGGAGUAUUAGGGUGGACCCAAAUGCACGACUCAGGAGACAGAACUGGAAAAUAA